GAGAGCUCCACCAUCAUGGUAAGCUGGUGUGAUGUUUAAUGCUGCUGCUGUUGCAGUUGCUGCUGCUGCUGCUGCUGCUCAGGCUGCUGCUGUUGUUCCUGCUGAUCCAGAGUGCAUUGAGGGAACGAUGGGCUGUCACAAAGCCUGCCAGGGGGACCAGCGGCUCCUGAGAGCAUCUUGGAGGGAGCCAGCGUGGAGCCAACCUCACAGAUCAGCGAUAGGCUCACGGAGCAGCCAGAUGAGAGACAGAGAUAAGGAGACAGAGAUCAGCACCAGGAGGAGGGAGUGUGAAGCACUUGAGGCAGAGGUGAAGAAACGCCACCAAACAUGUCAGACUCUGGAGAAUGAGUAUCAAGAUGUGCUCCAGGAGAAGGCCCACCUGAGUCUCCAGUUGUUCCACAGCAGCAAGAAGGGUUCCGAGUAUGACAAGGUGAACGCCGAGUAUGCCCAGCUCAGAGAGACGCUCGGGACGGUGACGUGGGAGCGAGAUUCAGCCGUGCAGGAGAAGAACCAGCUCCAAGGCAAACUGGAGAACCUAGAGCAGGUGCUCAAGCAUAUGCGCGAGGCUGCGGAGCGGAGGCAGCAGCUAGAGUUGGAGCAUGAGCAGGCCCUGGCUGUCCUCAAUGCAAAGCAGCAGGAGAUUGACCUUCUGCAAAAGGCUCAGGUUGAGGCUAAAAAGGAACAUGAAGGCGCGGUCCAUCUGUUAGAGAACCACUUGGACAGCAUGCAGGCGAAAGUGCGCGAGCUGGAGGAGAAAUGUCGGAAUCAGAGUGAGCAGUUCAACCUGCUUUCCAAGGAGCUGGAGAAGUUCCGGCUGCAGGCGGGGACCUUCGACAUCCUCAGCACGGAGCCGCUCACCCUGUGCGAGUCCCCAGGAUCACCCAGCAAAUCCUUGUCCCAGCUGCUCAAUGGGUUGGCCUGCCCGCUGGGGAAGGGCAACGAGGCUCCGAUGAGCAGGUCUCUGAUCUCAGAGUUCAUCAGGCCGCUCCAGAUGAGUGGGGACAAGCCUGACCUGCUGUCGCUCAAGCCCACCUUCCUCACCCGCGGCCGGGACAGCGGGCCCCGUCAGACCCUUCUCUCUGAGAUGGAGAAAGAACUGAGCUCAGCAACAAGGGUGAGGCAAAGGUUCACCGGCAAGGUCCGUCUGUGCACCGCUCGCUACAGCUAUAAUCCUUACGACGGACCAAACGAGCACCCAGAAGCAGAGCUCCCCCUGGUGUCAGGGAAGUACCUCUAUGUUUACGGGACAAUGGAUGAAGAUGGCUUUUAUGAAGGAGAGCUGCUGGACGGCCAGCAGGGUCUGGUCCCUUCCAAUUUCGUGGACUUUGUCCAAGACGAGGAGAAACCUGCCGUCCAAAACAGAGACGGUGCCAAGGAGUACGCAUACCUCAACCACAGUAGCCUGGCCUCCAAGAGACUCGGAGCAGGACUCGGCCUAGGCCUGGGUCUGGGGAAGGCUACGACCGGGGGCACGGGCCAUAGUUCAGGCCUCAGUUCAGGCCUCAGUUCAGGCCUCAGCUCCGGCCUCAGCUCAGGCCUGAGCAUGGGUCUGGGAAGUCUGUUGUCGGACUGUAAGAUGGACGGCAUGAGCAACAGCCAACUGGCCAUGGACCUCCUGGGCACAUGCAGCAAUGGGACGGGGACCCUGGACGUCAGCACUGAUGAGGUUGGCGAAGACGUUGUGCCUUACCCCCGCCGCAUCAACCUCAUCAAACAGCUGGCCAAGAGUGUGAUCGUGGGCUGGGAGCCGCCGGUGGUGCCGCCCGGCUGGGGCUCCAUCAGUGGCUACAAUGUGCUGGUGGACGACGAGGUGCGUAUGAGCGUCCCCUACGGGGGCAGGACCAAGUCCCUGAUCGAGAGGCUCAACCUGGCCACCAGCACCUACCGCGUGUCGGUGCAGUGCAUCACUGAGCGCGGCCUGUCGGACCGCCUGCGCUGCAGCCUGCUGGUGGGCAAGGAGGUGGUUGUGGCGCCCUACUACCUGCGCGUCGACAGCAUCACGCAGGUCUCCGCCGAGCUCUCCUGGAUGCCCAGCAACAGCAACUACAGCCACAACAUCUUCCUGAACGGCAGCGAGUAUGACAUGGUGAAGGCCGGAGGACACCGCUACCAGUUCUUCAACUUGAAGCCCAUGACGGUGUACAAGGUGAAGGUGGUGGCCAGGGAGCAUCAGGUGCCUUGGCAGCUUCCCCUGGAGCACAGGGAGAAGACGGAGAUCUCCAUGGAGUUCUGCACUCAGCAUGCAGGGCCCCCGUUCCCCCCCCAGGAGGUGCAGGUCCAGUGCGGUCCGACGGCAGGGAUCAUGCAGGUCCGAUGGAAGCCCCCGGACCUCUCCGCCGCCGGGACCUCCAACGGGGCCAACGUCAUCGGCUACGCCGUUUGCACAAAGGGGCAAAAGAUAGCAGAGGUCAUGUUCCCCACGGCGGACUACGUGAGCGUGGAGGUGAACCGGAUCCAGGGGCUGGAGGCCCGGGAGGUGAUAGUCAGGACGUUGUCGGCCCAGGGCGAGUCCCAGGACUCCCCCGCCGCCCUCAUCCCCCACACCCUCCUGGGCUCCCCCCGCCUCUCCCGCCGCACCACCGCAGCGCUCCACCCGCCCUACCCCUCCACCUACCCCCCCACGCACCCCCAGCCCCAGGUCCAGGCCCUGCCGUCCCGGGCCCCCCCGCACACACUGCCGCACCCCCAACUACACACUCCGCCCCCCCACCACCACCACCACCACCCGCCCCCACCCCACUUCCCCCCCCACGCGGGGCCCCAGACCAAGCCCCUGCUCGGCGCCCGGGACCCCGACACCAAAGACCGCGAGGCCGGGCUGCGGGCGGCGCGACCCUGGGAGCGCUCGCCCUCGCCGCUGCCCCACUGCAUGCGGGGCGGGCCCCACCUGGAGCCCCCCUACCUGGCGCCGCGCCGCUCACCCUCCCCGCAGAGGAUCCUGCCCCAGCCGCAGGGGGCGCCCAUCCCCAACACCAUCGCCAAGGCCAUGGCCCGUGAGGCGGCCCAGAGGGUGUUCGCCGAGGGCAACCGGGCGGAGAAGAGGAACAUUUUCAGGGACCGGGGCAUGCACUCUGUGAACUCUGACGAGGAGGAGGACGGCUACGACGCAUCCCACGCCCGGAGGAGGGGGGCGUCGGUGGACGAGUUCCUCCGGGGGUCCGAGCUGGGCCAGCAGCACCUCGCGCACCACCACCACCACUACAGCCACAGCGAGGACUACCACACGGAGAGCAGCAGGGGGUCCGACCUGUCUGACAUCAUGGAGGAGGACGAGGAGGACCUGUACUCCGAGAUGCAGCUGGAGGAAGGCCGCCGGCGCAGCAUCAACUCCCACAGCACGCUCAAGGCGUACUACAGGCGGCAGGACUUGGCCGAGGAGCGGGACAACUGGGACCUUCAACGGGAGGUGGUGAAACAGAAGCCGCUCCGCAGCAAGCGGCUCCACAGCAUCCCGGAGGUGGCGGAGGAGGAGGCCGAUGGGAACGACGCCAUGGGCCAGCGGCUGGGCCACGAGGACGGCUCCGGGGGCCGUCAGCGCCCGGGGACCCCCAACACCCAGAGACGGGACCACCACCACAACGCCUACCAACACGAACUGCAGCAGCAGCAGCAGCAGCAGCAGCAGCAGCAGGAGCCGCGCUCGCACGACCGCCUGCUGCGACGCCAGCGCUCCUCCCCGCGCUUCGCCGCCGGCUACGGCUACGAGCGCGGUCCGGGAAGGCCCAGCCGCCAGAGCACCAAGAGCCCCGACAGCGGGUUGGACUGCGGCAGCGAGGAGGAGGGCUCUCUGGGGCGGGGCUACUACUACGCUUACGCCGGCCCCGCCACCCGGGGCCCCGUCCGCGUCAUCCACUGCGAGGGCCCCGUGGAGCGGCGGGCGCUGGCCAUGGGCCGCCGGCGCACGCUGACGCGGCAGUGCAGCGUGGAGGAGGACUACUGCCGGGACGCGGCGCCACCGCCGCCGCCGCCGCCGCCGCCGCCGCACACGGCCCAGUCGGUGCACACGGGGGACUUCCGCAGCAGGGAGCGCACAGGGUCGGGCCGCAGGGGAGACUUGUGUUGGGAGGGCGCCCGCAGUGAGGGCUGGCUGAACGAGAUGGACAGGGUGUGUUACAGCCCGCGCAGGGAGGCUAGGGCCCGGUCCAUGUCCCGACUGGGCCGGGAGCAGCCGCUGAUCAUCGGGAACUCUGCGUCCCACGGCCACUCGGACCGUCUGGACCACUCAGGGAGGAGGAGCGGCGCCCUUGGCAACCAGCGACGGCCCAUCCCGUCGAUCGAGAUCACCACGGACUGUCACAGUGAGGGGAGUGAGGGCCUCUCCCCUGGCAAGGAGGAGGGUUACUAUGGCAGUGUAGCUCGGCGCAGGAUAUGGCGGGCUAAGUCCUCAGAGCAUCAAUAUGACGGGUACGGCGUGGGGUCCGGGCGACGCCCCGGCCGCGCCCGCCGCUCGUCCGACUGCUACGAGGAGUCGGAGGCGGACGAGAUGACCCGCAUCUUCGUGGCCCUGUUCGACUACGACCCGCUGUCCAUGUCGCCCAACCCGGACGCCGCGCGCGAGGAGCUUCCCUUCAAGGAGGGCCAGAUCCUCAAGGUGUUUGGGAAGAAAGACACGGACGGGUUCUACCGGGCUGAGAUCAGAGACCGCUCAGGGCUGAUCCCUUGCAACAUGGUGUCUGAGAUCCAGACGGAGGACGAUGACAUGAUGCUGCAGUUGCUCAAGCAGGGCUUCCUUCCCCUCAACACUCCUGUAGAGAGACUGGUGAACUGUGACCGUUUCAAAGAUGGCCGCACACUAAACCGCAGGUCCAGGAAGUCCAAGAGAGAGAGGAACCGGCGCAGCGGGCGCCAGCUCUCCAUGUCCACCCGGAGGAUGGUGGCCCUCUACGACUACGACCCCAGAGAGAGCUCUCCUAACGUGGACGUAGAGUAUGAUGGUCGCAGGCUGAAUGAGGAGGCCGAGCUGACGUUCUGUGCUGGGGAUGUCAUCGUGGUGUUCGGUGAAAUAGACGAGGACGGUUUCUACUAUGGGGAGCUCAACGGACACAAGGGACUCAUUCCUUCCAACUUUCUCGAAGAAGUGCCUGACGACGUGGAGGUCUUUCUCUCCGACCCGCCGUCCCGUUACCCCCCGGACCACCCGGGGCGCAUCAAGACCAAAAGGGUCCGUUGGAAAAACCGUCCCCGCCCAGAAGAGCCUCCUCCUCUCCCCCAGGGCGUCCGCACGUCACUGGCUCCUCGUCCCGGGGGCCAGGCUGCCCCAUGGCCCCCCACUCCACAGAGAAAAAGGGACUACUCGUCAAAGGGAAGAUACUAUUGAAAAGAGACGUGGCAGCACUAUAAAUCGCUUGGCGUAUUCUAUUACGGUGCCGUCACUUUUUUUCGUCCGUAAAAUCAUGAAAGACUCACAUUUCAAGAUUUUCUACAGUGGAUGGGUGGCGUUUGUUUGCUCAAAUGCUCUAUUCUUGUACAUCUGUUGUAUACUAGAAUUAGUAUUUUUGUUAAUUGAUUACAGUAACCUAUUUUGAACAAUUCAUCCUGUCAUGCUCAGGGGGCUCCUGAGCCUCGUCCUCCCUUGUUCCUCCAUGUCUUUUGGUCCGCCACAGCUACCGUUGGGAUGCAGUAGGCAUCCGUGGAUAUUCUCCACGUGGCUAAAUAUGACGGCACCCGGACCGCGCGGAGUGCCUCAGUCGGACCAACGGCUCUUUCGUACGACCCCGAGAUCAAAGGACGAGAUCCUAAGAAAGUCGUAUUGACAACCACACAGCUGGAGGGCGUGCGGUCACGUGACUGGCCCGAUUCAGAGGGAUUCAUACACAAAGCUUGUCCUGAGCCGGCAGGCCGCUCCGGCCUGCUCCACAGGGGGUCUGCAUACAUUACUUCGGCACAUUCCCUACUUAACCCUUCAAAGCACACGCAAGACAGUGGGGCGGUUCCCAUUGUGAGUUUGAGAUGUGGAGCAUGCACUGUAUAAAGAAAUAUAUAAAAAUAAACAUAUAUGUGUAUAUACAUAUAUAUAUAUAUAUAUAUAUAUAUAUAUAUAUAUAUAUAUAUAUAUAUAUAUAUAUGUGUAUAUAUGUAUAUAUAUGUAUGUAUAUAUAUAUAUAUAAGGCUGUUAUUCAGUGCAGUUUACUACUGAGAAAAAUAAGAAAUUGGCCUCGCAUCUUUUGAGUACAGCCUUGGGCCCCGAAUGGGACAUUGGACAAUAGCACACGCCAGAGGCAACAGGGUCUCUAAAGGUGAAGCAUUAAGUUCCCUCAGUCAGUUAAGUAGUGGUACAUUGCCUCAUAGAUUCAACCUCCAUGUUAUUUGCCUUAUGAAUUGCACAAUUGUUUGUACAUUGUCAUGUGGUGUGUGGUUUUAUGGAUGGUAGUGAUUCAUGUAACGUCUCAGAAAAUGUUAGGAGCAGCAAAUUAUCAAUCCAUUUCUGUAGUGUGCACUGUGUUGUGGGCUUGUCAUGUUUAUUUGGAAUCCAAAAGUCUAACUAUGGCUGGGAUGAGUCUGCCCAUCGUUUAAGGCCCCUGGAAUUAAUUUACAAAAUAAUGCAGUAAGGGGAAACUUACUGUGACGUUAAAUGUGCACGAUUUCCAAUAAAUUAAAUGUUAUGUCGCAUUAAUGGCAAUUUAGCAGAUUAUGGAGCUUUAUUUUUGUCCCGUCAUAGCCAUAUUGUAGGGUCUGUAGCUGUCUGCGAUUGCCUUUUGGUCAACAUGUGAACGAUUGCCCUAUGUAAUUAAACCAUACAAACCAGUUCAAUUCAGGGAUGGGUGAAAGAAAUGGAACAUCUGUUAAAAAUAUAUAUAUUUUUAAGUAGCAAUUUAUUUCCAACAUGCACCUUGUGGGGAGGCUUUGUCAAUAUACUGGGUUACCGGAUCAAAUGACAUGACCAGUAAUGCAUAGGUCUUUUCCACAGUAUUCUCCAGACACAAGACUACCUCUACGUUGCCCCCUCCCCCUCCUCAAAAAUUAUCUAUGAAAUCUGGAUUUCAAUUUGACAGAAGCCAAAUAUAAAUUUAUGUUGAUAAUCAUUAGUUCUGAAUAUAAAUGGUGCCGAAACAGUACUGUACUUCAUGUAGAUCAACACCCUAGCACAUAGAGUAGUGAAUGUACGAUCCAGUGAAAGGCUAUGUUUUUCUCUAAAGUACCCACAAGGAUGGUGCAAUGUCCUAUGUCUUUGUAUGUGAAAUUAAACAUGUCUUUAGUUCAAUCACCCUUUGUCUCCCAUUCCAAGCUCUAAACCAUCAAUAUAUAUUUUUUGCGAUAUAAAAGAGUAACAAACUGCCAAAAAAGAAUGUAGAAACAUUCUGUAAUACCUUCUGUACAAAUUUCAUCUAGUCCUGAGGAUUUCUGUGCAUCUUAACCCAUAUAUGGACCAUCUUAGUCAUUGCUUCUUUUCCGUUUGGAUGACUGUUGCUGUUUUUGUACUUUGUCCAUUUGUACAUUUUUAAAUGUUUAUACUUGAUUUUCAAACUGCCUUUUUUGUAAAUUCAACUUUUUAAUCCAAACCGUGCAAGCUUUCCCCAUGGUGUCUUCUAGACCAUAUUGUCCAAGUCUGCGAUUGUGUGCUAGCUUUAUAUCAGCCUAUAUUGAUGCAAAUUAUUGUGUGGGUGUGCAUGUGCAAAUUUUUAAAAAUCAAAAUAAAUUUUAAUAUUUUAUAA